GGAAGGAAAGGAAAAUGAAUCAAAGUCGCGGGGGUGGGGGCGGUGGCGGGAUAGUGAGGGGAUCUUUGGCUUUCAUUUUAGGAGGCAGGGCCUGCCACCUUCGACCACCUGAGAUCCUAGGGCAGGCGCGAAAACCUUGGCGCAGCCAACACGUCUUUCCUUGAUGUUCUCGCGAGGCCCCCACGCGCUCGGAAUGCCACAGGUUUGUGCGCACGGCUCGGCUUGGCGCAGGCGCAGACAGGACUUUGGUCAGGCCGACCGCCAUUGCACAACGCAGAGGACUCGCUUGGCAUCGCAGGGAUGCUGCGGCUCCUCUGCUUAUGCCUGCUGUGGCUUGAACUCUUGCUGGUUAGGUUUUCUGGUGAACUGAGCGACAUCAGUAGUGCUAGGAAGCUGUGCGGCAGGUACUUGGUGAAAGAAAUAGAAAACCUCUGCGGCCACGCCAACUGGAGCCAGUUCCGUUCUGAGGAGGAAACCCCUUUCACACGGUUGAUUCCACAGGCCUCGGAGAAGGUCGAAGCUUUCGUCCCUGACCAGUUCGAAAGCCCCCAAACCACUUUUCCGGUCUGGAGUAGAGGCACAAAUCCAGUGUCUACUUCUGCCUCUUUGGAAGAAGCAGUAAACAGUUGGGAAUUGCAGUCAUUACCUGAGUAUCAGUACAAAAAGCCAUACUCACCCCUUGAUAAGACAAGAGAAUUUUCUUCAUCACAUAAUGUCAAUCCGUAUAUUCGUGAGAAUGCAAAAUUUCAGAAGAAAAGUAGAAACAAAAUUAAAACCUUAAGCAAUUUAUUUUGGGGGAAUCAUCCCCAAAGAAAACGCAGAGGAUAUUCAGAAAAGUGUUGUCUUACAGGAUGUACAAGAGAAGAACUUAGUAUUGCAUGUCUUCCAUAUAUUGAUUUUAAAAACUUAAAGGAAGAAAGAUCAUCACUUGUGACUAAGAUAUACUAACCAUCUUAGAAAUUAUACUAACAUAAUAAAAGCUUAAUACAUUUA